CCAAGACGCAUUCGAGCUGAGAGAUAUCCCAACGCAUACGGGCUAGCUCUCUCUCUCUCCCCCGUCCUCCCGCUCUCUUUCUUUCUCUCUCUCUCACACACACACCUGACCCCUGUGACUCUCUUCUUCCCGGGCAGGACCAGGCCAUGGGUUCUCCGUUGGCUUCCUGGCCAUGGGCAAGCCUCGGCUCCUACAAGUACCUGCUGUACGGGCCUCUGGUGGCGAAGGCGGCGCACGCGUGGAGGGAGACGGGGAGCCCGCCGCUGGACUCGUGGUGCCUCCACCUGCUGCUCCUCCUGGCGCUCCGGUCGCUCACCUUCCAGCUCUGGUUCUCCUACGGCAACAUGCUCUUCUUCACCCGCCGCCGCCGCGUCGUCAAGGACGGCGUCGACUUCCGCCAGAUCGACGCCGAGUGGGACUGGGAUAACCUGGUCAUCCUGCAGACCCUGAUCGCGGCCAUGGUGGCCAACAGCCCGGCGUUCCCGGGCGUGCCGGAGCUCCGCGCGUGGGACCCGCGCGGGUGGGCCCUGGCGCUGCUCCUGCACGUGACCGUCUCGGAGCCGGCCUUCUACUGGGCCCACAGGGCGCUGCACCGGGUCCCGCUCCUCAGCCAGUACCACGCCAAGCACCACUCGUCCCCCGUCACCCAGCCGUUCACAGCCGGGUUCGGCACGCCGCUGGAGGCGCUGAUCCUGACGGCGGCGAUGGUGGCCCCGCUGGCCGGCGCCUUCACCGCCGGCGCCGGGUCCGUGAGCCUGGUCUACGCGCACGUCCUCCUCUUCGACUACCUCCGGUGCAUGGGGUACAGCAACGUGGAGGUCAUCUCCCACAGGGCCUUCGCCGCCGUCCCCGCCCUCAGAUACCUCAUCUACACCCCGACGUAUUUGAGCCUGCAUCACAGGGAGAAGGACUGCAAUUUCUGCCUGUUCAUGCCCCUGUUCGACGCCCUCGGCGGGACCAUCAACUCCAGAUCCUGGGAGCUUCAGAAGGAGGUCGACCAAGGGAUGAACGACCGGGUGCCGGACUUCGUGUUCCUGGCGCACGUGGUGGACGUGGUGUCGUCGAUGCACGUGCCCUUCGGGUUCCGCUCCUGCAGCUCGCUGCCCUUCUCGACCCACCUCGUGCUGCUGCCGCUCUGGCCCCUCGCCUUCGCCUUCAUGGUCCUCCAGUGGUUCUGCUCCAAGACCUUCACCGUCAGCUUCUACUUCCUCCACGGCCGGCUCCACCAGACCUGGAGCGUCCCCAGAUACGGCUUCCAGUACUUCAUUCCAUCGGCGAAGAAGGGCAUCAACCGGCAGAUCGAGCUGGCCAUUCUGAGGGCGGACAAGAUGGGCGUCAAAGUGAUCAGCCUUGCUGCGCUCAACAAGAACGAGGCGCUCAAUGGCGGCGGCACCCUGUUCGUGAGCAAGCACCCCAACCUGAGGGUGAGGGUGGUGCAUGGCAACACCCUGACGGCGGCCGUGAUCCUCAACGAGAUCCCCAGCAACGUGAAGGAGGUGUUCCUGACCGGCGCGACGUCCAAGCUCGGCAGGGCCAUCGCGCUCUACCUCUGCAGGAAGAAGAUCAGGGUCCUGAUGCUGACGGUGUCGACGGAGAGGUUCCUGAAGAUCCAGAGGGAGGCGCCGGCCGAGUCCCAGCAGUUCCUCGUGCAGGUCACCAAGUACCAGGCUGCGCAGAGCUGCAAGACAUGGAUCGUGGGCAAGUGGCUGUCGCCGCGGGAGCAGCGGUGGGCGCCGGCGGGCACCCACUUCCACCAGUUCGUGGUGCCCCCCAUCAUCGGCUUCCGGCGUGACUGCACCUACGGCAAGCUCGCCGCCAUGAGGCUCCCCAAGGACGUCGAGGGCCUCGGCUGCUGCGAGUACACCAUGGAGCGCGGGGUGGUGCACGCGUGCCACGCCGGCGGCGUCGUGCACUGCCUGGAAGGGUGGGAGCACCACGAGGUGGGCGCCAUCGACGUCGACCGGAUCGACGUCGUCUGGAAGGCCGCGCUCAAGCACGGCCUCACGCCGGCGUGAUCCAGCGCCCGCCUCCGGCCGGCCGGAAUAACGCGUCACGCCUCUAGUUCUCGCUCUUGUCAUGUACCAGUUGCAACAGAGUUGAUAGACUGGUUCACUCGUAUAUACUACUAGUAUAUGUACGUAAGGUAUACCGCAGUAUUGAAAAAAAUUUCAGGCCACUGGCACAUCUAAAACUAGACCUGAAUCACUUCAAUGAAACUGAAUCGGACAA